AAAAUACAGAUGCCAUUUCAAAAGUCCCACUCAUUCGUCUAAUUUUCGAUUUUGGAAGCCUCCGAGCGCCAAAAACACACCCACCACGUGACUCCCGAUGUCCGCCACCCGCCGCUCCACCGUCUCCCCCUUCCGCUCACGGAAAACGCCUCCUCCUCCGCCCAGCAUUUCCGUCCGCACCGCCACUCCAUCACACUCAUCGGCGCCAUUUUCUAAACAACCAGCUGUGCCGCCUCCGACUACGCCUACCGGCAAAACUAAAGAAAAUGUUACUGUUACCGUACGAUUUCGUCCUCUCAGUUCUAGGGAGAUUAAGAAAGGCGACGAAGUGGCUUGGUAUGCGGAUGGAGACUACUCCGUGCGCAAUGAGUUCAAUUCUGAUAUUGAAUACGGAUUCGACAGAGUAUUUGGUCCUGCAACAACUACUCGCCAUGUUUAUGAUGUUGCAGCGCAGCAUGUUGUGGGUGGUUCCAUGAAAGGACUUAACGGCACAGUAUUCGCAUAUGGUGUCACUAGCAGUGGAAAGACACAUACGAUGCAUGGGGAGCAAAAAUCACCUGGAAUCAUUCCGCUGGCUGUUAAGGAUGUAUUUGGAAUUAUACAAGAGACUCCUGGGCGGGAAUUUCUCCUUCGAGUUUCAUAUCUGGAAAUAUAUAACGAGGUCAUCAAUGACUUGCUUGAUCCCACCGGACAGAAUCUUAAGAUACGAGAGGACGGUCAGGGCAUAUAUGUCGAGGGAAUAAAAGAAGAGGUUGUUCUGUCACCUGCUCACGCCCUUUCGCUAAUAGCAUCUGGUGAAGAGCAUAGGCAUGUGGGUUCUAAUAACUUCAAUCUACUCAGCAGUCGAAGCCACACUAUAUUCACUUUGACAAUUGAAAGCAGUCCACGUGGGGAAAAUGAAGGAGAGGAUGUAACUUUGUCACAACUGCAUUUAAUUGACUUGGCAGGUUCUGAAAGUUCCAAAACAGGGACGACUGGAUUGAGGAGAACAGAGGGUUCAUACAUAAAUAAAAGUUUACUUACUCUUGGCACUGUGAUAUCCAAAUUAACAGAUGGAAAAUCCACUCAUAUACCGUAUCGAGAUUCAAAACUUACACGCUUGUUGCAGUCAUCUCUUAGUGGCCACGGUCGAGUCUCCCUUAUAUGUACAGUAACACCAGCCUCUAGCAAUACCGAAGAGACACACAACACUCUUAAGUUUGCUCAUCGUAGUAAGCAUGUCGAAAUCAAAGCCUCUCAAAAUAAGAUUUUGGAUGAGAAGUCUCUGAUAAAAAAAUAUCAGAAAGAAAUAUCCAGUUUAAAGCAAGAGCUUCAGCAACUAAAGCGUGGCAUGAUGGAAAAAGAAAAUUCAGUGGCACCUAGCCAAGAAGAAUUAGUUAAUUUAAAGCUCCAGUUUGAGGCAGGGCAAAUUAAGUUGCAAUCAAGAUUGGAAGAGGAGGAACAAGCCAAAGCUGCUUUGAUGGGAAGGAUUCAGAGACUAACGAAGCUGAUCUUGGUUUCGACCAAAACUGCUAUCCAGCCAAGUAUCCUUGAAAAUCCCAGCCACAGGCGGAGGCAUUCAUUCGGGGAAGAUGAGCUUGCAUACUUGCCAGAUAGAAAACGGGAAUGCGUAAUUGAGGAUGAUGUUGGAAGUAUUGAUUCUGAAAUUUCUCGGGAUGGAAAGAGUGAUGCCACAAAUCUUGAUGAGAUAGUCGGGGAUUACAAAAGAAACAGGAGGAAAGGAAUGCUUGGCUGGUUCAAACUGAAAAGGCCUGAGAGUGUGAUCACCUCAUCAUCAUGUGCUGAUUAUGGGAGUUCUGCAAGUGGUUCACCUGCUUCCUCAGCAAAAUCAUCCCAAUGCAAAGUUACAUUUGGUGAUAUGAAAGAUGCACAUAGGACAUCAGUUGGUAGAAAAGUAGACGAUGCUUCUCCGACAGGUUCUUUUCCUGAAAGAACUCAAGCAGGUGAUUUGUUCAGCGCAGCUGUUGGUGUGCGGCGUCUUCCACCGACUGGGAACACCAUCACCGAUCAAAUGGAUCUUUUCCGUGAACAAAUAAAGAUGUUAGCGGGAGAGGUGGCUUUAUCUACUAGUUCUCUGAAAAGAUUAUCAGAGCAAGCAUCCAAUUAUCCUGGAGAUUCCAAACUUCAGGAAAAGAUUAAAAAAUUGAAGGAUGAAAUAAAAGAAAAGAAGCUUCAAAUGCGAAUUCUAGAGCAACGAAUGAUUGGGUCAGUGGAGAAAUCUCCGUAUGGUUCAAGCCUUGAUGAAAUGUCCCAGGCCUUGUCCAGGCUGGCUACCCAGCUAAAUGAAAAAACUUUUGAACUUGAGAUCAAAUCAGCAGAUAACAGGGUCCUCCAGGAGCAACUACGUGGAAAGACACUGGAGAAUACCGAUAUGCAAAACACCAUCAAUAUUUUAAGGCAACAGCUUGAUUCCUUGAUGUCGAAUAAGAAUUCAAGUGCUGAUAGUAUGACUAGGAUCGACAGCUCCGAAGAAUCCUCAGAAAUUAUGAGUCAAAGAGGGUGCGAGAUUAAUUCAUUUGAAGAAACAUCUCUGGACGAAAACACACCAACUAGCGUUGGAAGCAUGAAUAGCCACGAGCAUGCUAAAGAUAGUAGUGGUGAUACCUUUUCAACGUCUCAGAUUCAUUUACAUGUAGCUGAGAUAGAGUCGUUGAAGCAAGACAAGGUAAGACUUGUCCAAGAGAAUGAUGGACUAGAAAUUCACUGCCAAAAGCAAAUCGAGGAAGCUUCUUAUGCAAAAGAGUUAGCUGCUGCAGCAGCAGUUGAGCUCCGGAACUUGGCUGAAGAGGUAACAAAACUUUCCUAUCAAAACGCCAAACUCAACGCUGAUCUGGCAGCUGCAAAAAAUACCCGUUGUGAAGCAAACUGCUGCCAAAAGUCCGCUUCAAUUGAUUCGAGGCAGAACAGAAUCCACAGUAGCCGAUCUGAUCUACGAUUUAGAAGGCCUGACGAUAGAUUAUUAUCUAAGGAGGAGAUUGAUCUAGAAUUGAAUGCAAGAUACCAUAGAGAAGCCUCUUUGGUUGCUGCUUUGUCCGAAAGAGAUAAAAUAGAAGCCGAUUUGAGAAAGAGACUUGAUGAAGCAAAGAGGCAUGAACAAAAAUUGGAAAAUGACAAAUCGAAUGCCUCGGACACCAAAGUUUCGAAUGGAUUUCCGUUAUCUUAUAGUCAGCUAAGAACGAGAUUCCUUGAGAAUGAGGGAAUCGGAACCCCUGAAGAAAUAGAGGAGCUGAGAGCAGCAUUUCUAGCUGAAAAUAGAACGAUCAGAGUCAAGGGCUCAAAUCGUCUUUUAUAAUGUUUCCACAUUAAGUUUUCGGGAAUUUUGGCACCAAAAUCGACUACUUUCUCGAAGCAGGAGAACCUGUGAUUUUGCCUCCAAGGAUUGGAAGCAGUAGCAAUUUGCUCGGACCACAUGUAAGAAUUCACCAUCCAAAGAGAAUGUUUUCUGCUUUUGUAUAUGCCACUGAUAACUGGUAAUUAUAUGCUCUAACUUAUGUUUAGAGUUAAUUUAUGGACACUGUCCCAACUACAUUAUUAUUAAUAUUCUGACAAAUGUUCCCUGUUCUUGUAAGAUAAUGCAUAUAUUUUUGUAGUUA